UGCAAUAAUUUUUGUUCCUAGAUGACGCAGGAUUCUAUCAAGGCAUUUGUUCGAGAGAAUUUCGGCAAGGAUUACUUCCCAGUCUAUCACGGCCAAACAAACAUUAUCUCUCCACUUGCGCUGAUUGUUAAACGAAAGCGGUCGUUGUGGAAGCGCCCCUUUGGUAAAGGAGAAAUGGUCAUUGUUGGUGGAUUGCAGAGGUAUAUUACUGAAGAGGGAGAGAAACACUUUCAUAAUUACUGCCAGUCAAAACUUAUGAAAGAAGACAGGAGUUUGGAAAAAACAGAAACGAGUGAUGUCAGCAGGAAUCUUGAUGUCACGCUUGAAAGCUUGGACGCUGGGGGACUGGAACUAAAGUUGACCAACAUUCUGGGUGACCUGGAGCUUGGCAAGCUUACAGAAGAGUAUUACUAUUACGUGGACGUAGAUUUGCGCGAAUUGUUGUCACACGCUGUGUUAGAUGCUGAUAAGAUGACGCCAUUAGAGGGUCACGAUUUGCUUCUUGUCACUGCAGUGAUGUAUAGCGCCAAGUUUCUUCUUAAAGGCAACCGAAUGCAUCAGGCAACAGUUUCAGGAGAAGUCCACGCACCCUCCAAACUAACCUCGUUAUUAGGCAAAGUUCCGUUAAUAAGAGGAAGCGUUACAAACCAGUCCUAUCUUCCACCAAUGGUACGAAGAAAUUCUCGCGCGCCUUUUCUCUUUAAAUAUUGUCGCGUAACUUAUAACAAGGAGGGGAGACGUUUACAGAUUCAAGAUGGUGAGUUUGUCGGCAAAUCCUUUCGGAAUCGGGGUGAACCCGCUCUGGUGCAUUCAGUCAUAUCAGACGAAGAAGCAGCGUUGCAUUUAGAAAUGGAAGAAAGUUUCAGUCCAGGUGGGAUUUUCCUGACAGAGAAAGAUAAAGGAAAGGUAGAAGAUAUCAGAAAACUUCUGAUCACUGCAGAGAAUGGUACUCAGCUGAAAACACAGAUACUUAGGUAUUUGAAUUGGUUUGAACAGAUUUUGACAAGUGGCUCAAGGCAGUUACAACUCGACAAACCACUAACGAAGGAUGAUUGUGACUUUCUUCAAAAACUUGGAAUUCGAGCCAGGCCAAAGCAGUUGUUCCUGAGAUUAGCUUCGGUGCAGAGAGACGUGAUCCAUGAAUAUGGCUGCCUGUUCAAAUUGAUUAGCGAAGCAUCGCAAGAAAACUGGGAAGAACUUCUUGAAAGCAUAAUGGAUUCAGGGAAAGGCGAGGAGAAGAAUGCAGAUAUGACAGCAGCAGAAUAAUUACUCUAAGAUCAAUGAUGCAUACUUCCUUUCUAACCUUUUACUGAAAGAAAUAAAUAAACGCCUCAUUAGGGCCGAUUCAAAAUUAACUCACCAACCAAUAUCACAUUUAGUAGGUACAGAAUAUCAUGCCUGUCUUGUGUGUCGACUGUCAUUUUCAGUUUUAAGUCAUAGAAAAUUUACUCCAAAACGUCCCAGAAAGAGAAACCUUAGGGUCAGUUAAUUAUCGCUUUAAAAUCAUGAAACUGAAUAUUAGAGGUACUUUACACUGUAUCGUGUCAGCAAGACAAACAUGUCGCGAGAAUAAGGUAUCAAACAAAACAUAUGUAUUGAGAAGAUUUCAUGACAUAGUGGGUAGGGCAGUGUAUACUGCACUACCCACGAAAAGCGGCAAAUAUCAGAUUAAAAUCUUUGAAUGCCUUUGCAAUGUGGAGCAUCUAGAAGGAUGGCGUUUUUCUCGACUUUUUCUGCAAUUCAAAGAAGCAUAACAUAUUCAAAAUUGGAGUUUUAUUGCGUUCUGAGUCAUAACAUCCAAAUGUAAGAAUUUUUUUGGAAACUACUUUUCAAUUUCAUUAAUUGAGCAGAAAAAAUUUAAACUACCUCUUUCUCAUUGAAUUCUUCAUAUUCCCCGCAAUAUUUUUUUUGGCGUCUGUUUGG